AUGGCAUACAGUGCGGCGGGGCAGGUGCUUCUUAGAAAGUGCGUGUGUUCUGUGCGCAGUGCAGAGCUGUGGGAGAGCUCUCGUAUGAAAAGACAAAAAAUUUGGCGCGCUAUGCAGAGCACAGAAUACUCAGAAGAGCUGCAGACAACGGUCUCCCGCUUCAAGCACCCAGCAGAGAUGAAUGCAGAAGAGAAGCGCGUGAUUGAUCGAAGCAGCACGCUGCUGCUGUGCAGUGUGCCCACCCAGGGGUCCGUACAGGAAGCAGCCUUCUACCUGGCAAACCACUACUGGCUGCACGAAAGCCUGUUUGCGCCGCAGCUGCACGACUACGACUGCUAUCUGGCGCAGAAGUACGCGAUCAACAACGCGCUAAUGUGUAUCCUGUUCAGCAUCCACGACAGCCACGAGAUGCUCGCGUCUCUCAAGGAGAAAAAGAGCCAUGCGCAUCUGAAGGCGCUCUUCUACCGGAUAAUAGAGAGGAAGCUCACGCGAUGGACAAACGUGUACAUCACGAUCCGAAGCAGGCGGGAGAGCGCGUCCUGCGUGUACACGGAUAUCCUGCACCAACUGUGCGCUCUGCGGCUGUGCCGGAUGCUCGUGCGAGAGAAGAGGUACUGGGGCCGCCUGCUGGAGGAGGUGCAGGGCGUGUUUGUGCGGGAGGGCCGGGAGAUAGAGGCGCCAGAAAUCCCUGCAAUUGAGCUGAGGCGCCUAACCGGGGACUUCUCCUGCGCAAACGAGUUUCUUCUGGACCUCCGAAGACAGUGCUGCGAGACACUGCGCGCACAGCCAGGGACAGGAUUGACCUUUCUGCAGGCGCGCAGCGCGUUCCAGCUGAAGUGGAUUGUGGGGAAGUGGAGCAGCACGCCCAUGCUGACAGACAUAGUGUGGCUGUACCAGGACGUCUUUGACGAAAAGCUCUGGCAGACAUUCAGGACGACCACGCAGGAGAGCUAUCCCGCGCUGCGGAGCGCAUUGGACGCGUACAGGAAGGGCGUGCUGGGGAAAGAGAGAGCGGUGAUGGAGGGCGCGCGCGGGAGGUACUACGCAGUGGCGAAGCGGUGGUAUCUGCGGGCGUUUGAAAAGAAGAGCGGGGAGGACCCUCUGUUCCGGGAGUAUCUGGGAAUGCUGGCCACGUCUAUUGAGGGAGACAAGACAGCGCCCAGCCCGUUCACAAGCAUGAGGCGCGGGCGGAAGCAAAAGGACGGCCCUGUGCAGUUUACAAACGCAGAGCACAUGCCGGUGGAAGAAGACAGACGUGUUGUGGCGUACCGCACUUUGGAGGAGGGCGAGUGCAUGUGCGUGAGCGUGCGGUAUGUGGUGUUCAGCACAGUUCUGUCCUGGCAGAGCAGAGCGCGCUCGCUGCAGAGGGGGGUGUACGCCUUUUCGCGAAGCAGGACAAACGCAGUGCCUGACCUGAUGGAAGGAAAGACUGUUUUCCAGGCGGGCAUCAUGCUGUGCCUCUUCCUUCUUUCGGUGCAGGCGCUGACCAAGUACAAGCACUACACGCAGUGCACAGGGUACGUGAUCACUCGACACAUCUUCUAG